CGGAGCCGGAGCCGGAGCCGGAGCCGGUGCAGAGCCGGGCAGCGCCGCCCUGCCCCGUCCCGCGGGGAGCCGGCAUGGAGUGAGAGCAGCGUGCCGCCGCCAGGAGAAGUCCAAAAGAGAAACAGAGAUGGCCAAAUUGACAGAGUCAAUGACUAACGUACUGGAAGAAGACUCAAUGGAGCAGGACAUAGAGAGCCCUGUCACUAUUCAUCAGCCAAAGUUGCCCAAACAAGCUAGAGAGGAUCUGCCAAAAAAUAUAAACAAAGAAUGUGCCAAGAGAAAAAUCCAGAGGUAUGUUAGGAAAGAUGGGAAAUGCAACGUCCACCAUGGGAAUGUCAGAGAGACUUACCGUUACUUGACUGACAUCUUCACUACCUUAGUCGAUCUCAAGUGGAGGUUCAACCUGUUGAUUUUUGUCAUGGUUUACACUGUGACCUGGCUCUUCUUUGGAAUGAUAUGGUGGCUAAUUGCCUACAUGCGAGGAGAUAUGGAUCAUAUAGGGGACAGCACGUGGACCCCAUGCGUCAGCAACCUCAAUGGGUUUGUCUCAGCCUUUUUAUUCUCAAUCGAGACAGAAACCACCAUUGGGUAUGGUUACCGGGUCAUCACGGACAAGUGUCCCGAGGGAAUUAUUCUGCUUUUAGUGCAGUCUGUUUUAGGUUCUAUCGUCAACGCUUUCAUGGUUGGCUGCAUGUUUGUGAAAAUAUCCCAACCCAAGAAGAGGGCAGAAACCUUGGUUUUUUCUACAAACGCAGUUAUUUCCAUGCGGGAUGGAAAGCUGUGUCUGAUGUUCCGAGUAGGAGACCUUAGGAAUUCACACAUUGUAGAGGCAUCAAUACGAGCCAAGUUGAUCAAAUCCAAACAGACAAAGGAGGGGGAAUUUAUACCACUCAACCAGACAGAUAUCAACGUAGGUUAUUACACAGGGGAUGAUCGUCUCUUUUUGGUUUCACCACUGAUCAUCAGCCAUGAAAUUAACCAGCAGAGUCCUUUCUGGGAGAUUUCCAAAGCCCAGUUGCCCAAAGAGGAGCUAGAAAUUGUUGUAAUCCUAGAAGGAAUGGUGGAGGCAACAGGAAUGACCUGCCAAGCUCGAAGUUCAUACAUUACGAGUGAGAUCCUGUGGGGUUACCGUUUCACCCCUGUCCUCACUCUGGAGGAUGGAUUUUAUGAAGUUGACUACAACAGUUUUCAUGAAACGUAUGAGACCAACACACCAGUUUACAGUGCCAAAGAGCUGGCAGAGAUGGCCAGCCGAGCAGAACUGCCCCUGACGUGGUCUGUUUCCAGCAAGCUGGACCAGCAUGCUGAGCUGGAAACUGAAGAGGAAGAAAAGAAUCAAGAAGACCAAAAUGAAAGAAAUGGUGAUGUGGCCAACUUGGAGAAUGAGUCCAAAGUGUAGAACCACCGGAGGCAUAAGGGCCACACCACUUCCUUUAUCUUCUCCCUCUUUGCUCCCCUUUUCUUUCUCCAACGUGCUUUUUUUUUUUCUUCCUCGUUAUUCUUAAUUCCGGGAAAAUAAAUACUUAAGAUGCGAAAUACCUACCUGCCCAAUUUAAACUCAACAGAUUCACAGACUAGGCAAAGGCGUGAGUUAAAGCUGCAAUACCCAUUAUCGACGGUGGAAUCUCGAUCCCCACCCUGGUAAUGACUGCUGGCUUCCUCGGCACCUCUCUGAGUUCAGACCUCCAGGUUUAUUCACAUCAACAACAAAAAAAACCCCAAAGCGAUGGGAAUAUAUACAAGGGAUUUAAAAGGAAAGACUAAUUAAUGCUCAUCAAAGUAAUGGGCCUUGGCUCCAGUUUUGACGUAUUUCAGGAGAGUUUCACAAACUGAGUGACAGGCCUCUAUGAAAUGGGCCUUGCAGCUUUAAGACAAAGGUGAGCAGAGGGAUCUGCAAUCCAACACAAUACUGUACAUAUGCCUUAUGUAAUUACUUUCUCUUUACAUUUAGUAAUAAACACCGCAUGUACAAAAGCACUGUAGUAAAGAACUUCUAAAUAAUGUACAUAGAUGUGUAAUUAAUGUAGGUUUAGAAACAGAGUUCUAGAAAUAUUGGGAUGCAAAAACUAACUACCCAUCGAGUAGGCAUUUCUCUUCAAAUAUUUGGAGUGUAAUAUUGAUUUUUUUUUUUUUCCCCUAUAUCUAUGGCUCUUCUAGUGCAUGACAUUUUCUUCAGUGUACCAGACUGGCAGCUAUUUAGAGUACCUCACUGUUUGCCAAACAGAUCGUUUCACUGACUCUAAAAAGCCAUAAGUCUGGGAGAGGGCAGAGUAGAGAAACUGUAACAUAAUUACUGAUAUACUGUGAAAAUGUUUACAAAUAAGGCAAACUGUUCCUGGUUCUUUUUUUGGCAGUUCAACCUAAAAUUUAGGCUGUGGCAAACUCAUGGCAAGCCAGAAUUUCCUGUAUACUCUUAAUAUAGCAAGCAUGUUUCAUGUGGAGGUAUUAUCCUUUAUGUGCAAUAUCUAGGGAAACUUCUCCCUUCUCCCCACCCAAACCACGGGAUUUCAGCAGUUUGCUACACAAACAGCACAAGCCAUUGAAAACCCAACGUUGCACCUUAGCAAGUAGGUUUUUAGCUACUCAGCUGGGAAAGAAACAGCUGAAUUUCAUCUGAAGCCAUAAUCAAUGAAAUUCAUCUGUUGACAGCGCCGGUGCUUGGCCGGUCCGGCAGAGUCACGGAGGGUGCAACAUCCCUGGGUAUAUGCUUCAGCAGGGUUUCUCAGCCAAACACACAGCUCCUGCCACCCGUGCUCAGGAGAGUGGUUCCCUAAUGACUUUCUCCACCUUGGGUUAGCUCCCUGGCUGUUGUAAAUCCGUGUAAAUCCUGUACAUUCCAACCUGACAACUUUAAAAUAAACGGGCAGUGAUAAUUUGCAUAGCUUACACGGCAACACUCAUGCGAGUAGGGGAGCUGAUGUGUACGGUCACAGUUCCACGGACACGCUCCGUAAGGGGCUGCUCACACCGUGCGGCAUUGCCCAGUGCUAAGGACCGCUCAGCCAGGCCCUGCGUGCAUAAAAUACUACCUGUUGAAAAAAGCAAUGCUUUCGGUGGGCUUUCACUCAGGCCCAUCAAGAACAGCAUUUCUGUCAGCAAAGGAGAAGAAGCUGCAGCCUUAAUUUCAUUUUUUUUAUACCUGCCUACUCCGGAAAGAAAGAAUACACUGAAGAGAAUCUGAAGCAUUUUUGUACAGAAACAUUUACAUUAAAAUAGAAGAGAAAAAAAAUAACCUCAGGAGAAACUCAGUGGGCAGGUGGAAAUUUUGCACUGUGAUAUAGCUUUCACAUUAAAUUCACAUCUAUUUUCCUUUUUUUUUGCUGAAACAACUGCCCCUUGUUAAUUUUCAUGGACUGUGGCUAAUUGGCAGGGGUUUCUGCAGGUCCUCGAGCUGUGCUUCACGCUGAGGCGGGCAGCAUAGGGUGCGGGGAAAGGGUUGCAUACCAGGUACUGGCAGAUCAGGCUGGAUGGAAAGAGUUUUUUGUUUCAGCUCUGAACAUUUUCCCUAAAAGGCUUUUACAAAGCAGCAUGAUGUAAGGAAUGGUGCAGAAUAUGGAUUUUUGUUCCCUCCACCUGGGAUGGCUGAUUCUGCCAACGCAGUAAAGGUCACUUACACUUAAUUUUUGUGAAAUAACACUCAUUUUGCUACAGACCUUUCAAAGUUUGUUCUGCCCCAGCACCAGCAGCUGCCGAGUGCACCAGUUCAUCCAUCCCAGCCCACCCGUAAGGUUACCGGUGAGAGGUACUGAGCAUUUUGAAGGAAGGGUGGCUCCACAGCUCCACUAGAAGACAGAAGCCUUCUAGCAGAGGAGCCGGGGGGAGCGCAGCAUCAGUAGCGACGAGCCACCCAUGUGUGUCAGUCCUAGCGAAAGGUGUGCGAGCUGAAAGCUAACCAUUCCUCUGAGGAUAAACCUGCUUUUUGCUCUUGUAAUUUACUGGGCCACUCUAUAAUUCAUUGCUGCAGUUUAACAAAAGUUUGCAUUAAUUAGAACAGCAGCUCAGGGCCCUAAUUAAACCUUUUUUUGUCCUUUAGCACAAAAAAAUAGACUUUCCGCCACUGGGGCAUGCGCAUGUGUAAGCUAUAUUUUUGUGAAUAGGGCACUUAAAGCUUAAGGUGUGUGUGUUCGUCCUUUCUCUCUCUCCCCCUGUAUUUUAUUGUCUUUGGUAUUAAUGUAGUAUGGACUGUAAAGUUUAUGAAAUCUCAUUUUUGUAACAUAAGCUUAAAAAAAAAUAGAAGCCUCCAAAGCUUUCAACGGGGAAGCUUCACGUAAUCUUUGUACUAGAAUGUCCCUAUCAAACACCUCUAUUUUUCUACAAUGAUUGAUUAAGCAGUUUAACAAUGUAUUUUGUGUCAAUGAUUUCAACUGAACUGGUAAAAAAAUAAUUAAGAAUUGAAUGCUGUUAAUUAACAAUGGAUUUUCAAGCCGUAUAUACUGAGUGGUGUUUUCAUUAACAGUAAAUAACUUAACCUGGGAA